UUUGUUGUUUGUACAAUCCUGACUUAGUAUUUAGAUGAGUAAAUUAUCCAUUAAAAUAUAGCUAAUAAAAAAGUAGAUUUUUAAUAGGUUAGAAUUUUUGACAUCAUUUCUUUUACGAGUUCUUUUCACAAUAUUGCAUCAACUGUUUUAUACUCAUAUUAUAACCAUGGUUUUAGAUCUAGAUUUAUUCCGUACUGAUAAAGGAGGUAAUCCGGAUCUCAUUCGGGAGAACCAGAAGAAGCGUUUCAAAGAUGUUGCUUUAGUCGAUAAAGUUAUAGAAAGAGAUUCCACAUGGAGACAACUUAGGCAUAAGUUAGACAAUUGUAAUAAAUUAAAAAAUGUUUGUAGUAAAGCAAUCGGUGAGAAAAUGAAGAAAAAAGAACCGCAGGGGGAUCCAAGUGAAGAUGUACCACAAAAUAUUGUUACUAAUUUAGAAAAUCUAACAUUGGAAGUUCUUCAAACUAUCACAGUGAAUCAAAUAAAGAAGGUUAGAACAUUGAUAGAUGAGGCUAUAGUAAAAAAUGAAAAGGAACUAAUUAAAACAGAAAAGGAACGAAAUGAUGCUUUAAGAGAAGUGGGAAAUCACUUACAUGAAUCUGUUCCUGUAGAUGACGAUGAAGACAACAAUAAAAUUGAAAGAACUUUUGGCGACUGUCAAGUUAGAAAGAAGUAUUCUCAUGUAGAUUUGAUUUGUAUGAUAGACGGGAUGGAUGGAGAAAGAGGGGCAGUAGUUUCAGGAGGCAGAGGUUAUUACUUAACUGGUCCUGCAGUUUUCUUAGAACAAGCAUUGAUACAAUUGGCAUUAAGGAUAUUGCAUAAAAAAGGGUUUAAGCCUCUCUAUACUCCAUUUUUCAUGAGAAAGGAGAUAAUGCAAGAAGUUGCACAGUUAUCUCAGUUUGAUGAAGAAUUAUAUAAAGUAGUUGGAAAAGGUAGUGAAAAGGUAGAAGAUAAAGGUGUUGAAGAAAAGUAUCUUAUAGCAACUUCAGAACAACCUAUUGCUGCUUUUCAUCGAGAUGAAUGGAUAUCAGAAAAUUCUCUGCCUAUAAAGUAUGCAGGAUUUUCAACAUGCUUUAGACAAGAAGUUGGAUCUCAUGGACGUGACACCAGGGGUAUAUUUAGGGUACACCAGUUUGAAAAGGUUGAACAAUUCUGUUUAACUUCACCUUUUGACAACAAAUCUUGGGAAAUGAUGGAUGAAAUGAUAGAAAACGCUGAAGAAUUUUAUAAAUCUUUAGAAAUUCCAUACCGAAUUGUCAACAUAGUUUCUGGAGCAUUGAAUCAUGCUGCUGCCAAAAAACUCGACCUAGAAGCAUGGUUUCCAGGAUCAUCAGCCUUUAGAGAAUUAGUAUCCUGCAGUAACUGCCUGGAAUAUCAAGCCAGAAGGCUAUUAGUUCGUUACGGUCAAACCAAGAAGAUGAAUGCUGCUACUGAUUAUGUUCACAUGUUAAAUGCCACAAUGUGCGCAACUACAAGAGUAAUUUGUGCCAUUUUGGAAAACAAUCAGACAGAAACUGGCAUAAAAGUACCAACAAUUUUAAAACCUUAUAUGCCUGAAGAAUAUCAACAUGAAAUUCCAUUUGUUAAGCCUGCUCCAAUUGAUAUUGAGAAGGAUUCAAAGAAGAUCAAGAAGCAAAAAGAGGGGAUGAAAAAAGCUGCUGGAGAAGAAUAAUUCAAUGACAUUUAGGGGUAUUUAUCAAUUGUUGCAUUUAAAGCUUUUUUUAUUUUAUUUAUUGUCAAUAAACAUCUAUUGAUUU